GGGACCGGAGUUUGGAGCAGUAAAUAUUUUCUUUCGGUGUCGGGCCAGUGGAAAGUGCAAAGCGAAGUGUGAAACAGGAUCAACCUCAUUUAGAGUCUGCACCAUGGCGCGCAGGGCUGGGCUUGGGCUGGAAAGCGUUUCUCUGUUCCCGGGGCUAGCGCUGCGCUGUUUGAUACUGGUGCUGCUCGUGCUCCACGAACCGUCACCAGCGGAAGGGAAAGCGACGGUCGAACAGAUGAUGAAGUCGGGUGAAAUGAUACGAAGCGUUUGCCUGGGCAAAACGAAGGUUGCCGCGGAGCUGGUGGACGGGCUUCGCGAGUCCAAGUUCGUGGACGUUAAGGAGCUUAAGUGUUACGUCAAUUGCGUCAUGGAAAUGAUGCAAACGAUGAAAAAAGGAAAGCUCAACUAUGAUGCGUCCAUGAAGCAGAUCGAUACGAUCAUGCCGGACGAGCUGGCGGAACCGAUGCGGAAUGCGUUAGAUGUUUGCCGGAACGUGGCCGAUGGUAUCAAAAAUAACUGCGACGCUGCGUACGCGAUGCUGCAGUGCCUGUCGAAGAACAAUCCGAAAUUUAUAUUCCCGUAACGGUAAAUGGAACA